AAACAAAUGUUGCCAAGACGACAAAGAAUCAGAACAUCCAUUUUGUUGAACACUUUGAAUGUGAUAUUUUGUACUAAACAAAAUGCCCAAAAAAGCAAAGAAAGGAAAAGCUGGAAAAGGAAAGAAAGGAGGAAAGAAAGGCAAGAAGGAAGGAAAGAAGGCCAAGAAAGACUCAGUGUUGAAAGACGCAGUCGCCAACGCAAAACUAUGGGAAACGAAACUGGAUGCAGUUGAAAAGUCAAGGACAGAGUAUAGGGACAAUGCCAAAAGGUUGCUGUAUGAGAAUGACGCUUUGCAACAGCAAGUGUCUCAAACAGAAAAGGAUACAAUUGAGGUCAUUGCUUUCCUUAAACAAGAAGACAUGAAGAAAGAUGAACAGGUUGCCCGACUUAACCAAGCUUUAAAGGAUCUCAAAAGAGAAGCUCGUAAAGAAAGACAAAAUUUGGUGGAUAGUUAUGCUGCAGAGAUACACCAACUACAAGAAGCUCUUGCUGAGAAGUCAAAUGAGGUGAAACUUAUGCAAUCAGAAYUAAAGUUGGUCAAAGAAUUCAGAAGGAAAAGAGCUCAGAUGCAAAAAGAAUUGGAUGAGAUCAAAGAGAGUAUGUUCAUGACAGAAAAACACCACAAGGGAACUUUACAACAAAUGGAACAGAAAUUUUUUGAAGAAAAGGUGCGUUURCAGCAGGAAGCAAGUAAAAAGAUUGCUGAAUUGGCAGAAAGAGCUCACUCAGAAGCUAUCAGUAAUUUAGAUGAAACAACAAGAUCRGUGUACAAAGAAAAUGUCAGAGUUAAUGCUGCUUUGGAAUUCCACAUGAAGGAAGGCCAGGAACUUAGAAAGGAGAGGGACAGUUUAGCAGACCAAACCAAAGAAUUGCUGUCAGAAAAGGAAUUGAACGGGAUAAUUGUCCAAGAAAAAGUAGUGGAGUCUAAACAUCAAGGAAAACAAAUAGAAGAGCUAAAAGAGAAAGUGAAAACAUUAGAACAAUCUUUGACGCAUCUUGUACGAGAAUUUGAAGAAGAAAGGCAAACGAUGAUUGAAAAAGCUGAUAAUGAAGCCAAAAGUAGUCGAGCUGAAAUAGCAAGACUACAACGCGUUGUAGAACUUAAAACGAAAGAGAUGAACAAAGUCAAAAGACUCGCUAAAAAUAUUCUGGAUCAGAGAACCGAAAUGGAACAAUUUUUUCUGGAUUCUUUGGAAUAUGUGAAGAAUGAAAUAGUUAGAAACAGAGUUCAGUAUAGACGUGAUGCUCAAGCAGCUUACCAGCAACGCAUGCUAGAAGCCCAUGGCGGCCAUGGCGACUACCCGAUGGUACGUACAUUCAAGCCAUCUGAUACCAGCACUAACAACGUAUUCGACGAUCUGAAGGUAGCAGAACGAUGGACRGGGAUGGAAGGCAAAAUAGACAUUGGUGAUUUAACGUGGGAGCAAAGRGARAGAAUACUGAGAUUACUUUUUGCAAAGAUGAAUGGCUUCAAAGAAAAACCACGAAAGACCAAGUUACCAAGCCUAGACCCAGCCCGCACUCCWAAGCAACCUGCAGCAAUCGAUGACAACAAUAGUACGUUUAUAACACAAGGGGCAGUGUUGCCAUCAAACACUGAAGUCAAACCAGCCCUCCAGGGUCCUGAAAAUACUCAACAAGCUGUCUCUUAGAAGAAUAGAUAACUAGAUAUUGUAUUAUAGUAUAUGGUGUAUAUAUGGUUACGAGGUUUUUUAAUAUAAACGUUAAUUUUAUACUGUGAAUUGACAUGUAAUUCCAUAACGAAUAAAUAAAUAAAAGUAGCAUAAAUAAAAAAA